AUGCCCGGUCAGCAGAUCUCCCAGCCGAAUCCUCCUCCGGAUCCUUCUCAGCUGUCCGACUCGAUUCUCGAUUAUCGUGUGCAGCUCAAAACUAAGGACAUACUCUCUGCCGAGGAAUCAGAGGCUAUUCAUUUAUUUAGGCGGGCAGCAAAUUACAUAGCCGCAGCGAUGAUAUUCCUGAAGGACAACGUUGUGAUUGACCGGGACCUUACUCCGGAUGACAUCAAACCCCGCCUCCUAGGCCAUUGGGGUACAUGUCCCGGCCUUGUUCUCGUAUACGCACAUAUCAAUCGUCUCAUCCGCAAAACUGACAUUGACGCGCUCUAUGUCGUGGGUCCGGGCCACGGUGCACCUGGCAUACUCUCUUGCCUUUGGCUUGAAAAUUCCCUCGCCAAGUUCUUGCCCGGUAAUACUCGCAACAAAGCUGGUUUACACCAUCUUAUUUCCAAGUUUAGUGCGCCAGAUGGAUUUCCUAGUCAUAUUAACGCAGAGACUCCGGGCUCUAUUCACGAAGGCGGUGAACUCGGUUAUGCGCUUAGCGUUGCGUUCGGCGCAGUCAUGGACAAGCCGGACCUUGUCUGUGUCUGUGUCGUUGGAGAUGGUGAGGCCGAAACGGGCCCUACUGCUACUGCGUGGCAUGGUUACAAAUAUAUUGAUCCCGCCGAGUCUGGUGCGGUGCUUCCGAUUGUUCAUGUGAAUGGGUUCAAGAUCUCGGAACGCACCAUUUACGGCACGAUGGAUGAUAAAGAGCUUGUAGCGCUCUUCAUGGGCUACGGGUAUCAGGUCCGGUUCGUGGAGGAUCUUAAUGACAUCGACAGCGACAUGGCAACCUCGAUGGAAUGGGCACUGCAGGAAAUCCGUUCCAUCCAGAAAGCAGCGAGGAGCGGGCGUCCGGUGGUGAAGCCGCGGUGGCCAGUCCUGAUCUUACGAACACCAAAGGGAUGGUCUGGUCCGAAAAUGUUGCAUGGGGAGUUUAUCGAAGGCUCUUUCCGCGCGCAUCAGGUACCGCUUCCCGCUGCGAAGACAGAUCCUGAACAGCUGCGCAUGCUUCAGGAUUGGCUCUUGUCGUACAAGCCGAAGGAUCUGUUCGAUAAACAUGGAAUACCAGUUGAAAAGAUACUCUCUAUGAUUCCAGAGGUUCCGCACAAGAGGCUAGGAAGAAGAAAAGAGGCGUAUGCCGGAUAUAUUCCGCUGGAAGUGCCUGAUUGGCUGCCUAUGGGCGUGACAAAGGGCUCUGAACAAAGCUGUAUGAAGCUUAUCGGUGAAUUUCUGCUGAAUGUCGUGGAGCAAAAUCCGCACUCGUUCCGCAUCUUCUCUCCGGACGAACUUGUAUCUAACAAGCUCGAUGCGGUACUACGACAUAGCGGACGAAACAUGCAAUGGGAUAUCGCUUCCCGUGCGAAUGGUGGACGUGUUAUCGAGAUACUGUCGGAACAUACUUGCCAAGGGAUGAUGCAAGGGUACACCCUGACAGGACGCACGGCAUUGUUUCCGAGCUAUGAGGCGUUCCUUGGGAUCGUGCACACGAUGAUGGUGCAGUACAGCAAAUUUGUGAAGAUGGCCCAUGAGACGACGUGGCGGCAGCCAGUAGGCUCGCUCAAUUAUGUUGAGACAAGCACCUGGGCACGUCAAGAGCAUAAUGGGUUCUCGCACCAGAAUCCGUCCUUUAUAGGGGCAGUAUUAAAUUUGAAGCCAACGCUCGCGCGGGUGUACCUUCCACCGGACGCUAAUUGCUUCCUAUCAACGAUGGCUCACUGCUUGCGGGCCAAAAACUACGUCAAUUUGAUGGUGGGUAGCAAACAGCCCUCACCGGUGUGGCUCAGCCCAGAGGAGGCGAAUCAGCAUUGCGUUGCGGGUGCAUCGAUCUGGAAGUUUGCGAGUGUCGAUGAUGGCAUAGAUCCUGAUAUUGUUUUGGUGGGAAUCGGCGUCGAGGUGACAUUCGAGGUCAUCGCUGCAGCUGCGCUGCUCAUGCGCCGCCUUCCGGCUCUGCGUGUGCGGGUGGUGAAUGUAACAGAUCUGAUGAUUUUGGGACCGUUUGGGUCGCAUCCGCACGCGUUAGGCGAUACUUAUUACGAUGCAUUGUUCACGAGGGACAAACCUGUUCAUUUUAAUUAUCAUGGGUACCCUGGAGAGUUGAAGUCUUUACUGUUUGGUCGCCCCAAUCUUGACCACGUUACAAUUGAAGGUUAUCGCGAGGAGGGAACAACCACCUCCCCGUUUUCUAUGAUGCUGCUUAACCACACGUCACGAUAUCAUGUUGCGGCAGCGGCUGUGCGUGGAGCGGCGUUUUCCAAUCCCCAUGUAGAGAUCGACGCGCAUGCAGUUGUCAGUGGGUUUAUGCAUGAUGUGGAGAAGGACAAACAGUACAUACAUGCGCACGGUGCGGACCCGGACGACACUUUCGAUGUGCCGAAGUUUGAGUAA